GCUGCAACAGCGUCUGCCACCAGCUCGGCCUCACGCCCUUUGCGCACUCGCCGAUGCCGGGGGAGGGCGCAGCGACUGAGUACGGAAGGGCUGGCGAUGAUGCGCCCGACGAGGACGUGGUGAUUCGGCCUGCUGAGCCUUCAUCGCUGGUGCUGGCGGUGGGCAAAGGCAAGAACAUGCGGGCGGAGAUCUACCGCCACGUUCACUUUGCCCUGGCCAUGCUCCAUGCGAGGCAUGUCCAAGCGAAUGCUGAGUUCAUCGGCCACAAUGUGCUGACCUCGCCGGCCCAAGGCCUCUUCCACCUCCAGGUCUCGGCCCAGCUGGGAAGCAUUCCAGGCGCGCUGGCGUUGGCGUGCCUGCAUCUCAGCAUCCGUCCCAGGAAAGGGGUUCUGCGCGCCCUGGGCACUUCACUGCAGAGGCCGCUGACACUGGACGAAAGCGCAGCGUUCCCCUACAUCCUGCAAGCGGCGGAGAGUGGCGUGGCGCGGGCCAUGUCCGCAGCUGCUUACGCCUACGAGCGAGGCCUGGGUUGCGCCAUCUCUGCCACAGAUUCCGUUCACUGGUAUCGCAAGGCCUUGGCAGCCCUCAGCACGCUCGAGGAUGACACAGAGGAGGACCGAGAGGCGGAACGGCUUCCUGGUGGCGCUUUGGAGGAGCAUCAGAUCCUAUCUGCCCUGGCGCACCUCUACGAGCUCGGCGGGGACGGCUUGGCUCCCAAUCCGAGGCUGGCUUGGCAGUUCCAACUGUUGGCCAACAGCAGAGCCCGGCGUGAGGCGGUAGAGAGUGAGGAAGAGUCCUCGCCCGUAGAUGUACUGCUUCGGCUUGCCACUCCUUUUGCUGUUAACUCCCCAGCGAAUCUCAAAGAGGAGCGGGCCGUGGCUGUGGCAGCAGACAAGAGCCGCAUCUUCCUCAACAAGCCGGGCAGCUGCGACGUGGUCGAGUUUGGCAACGCCUACGCCAAGUCAUGGGGGCGAAGUGUCUUCAGCCAGCCCAGGGCUUUCUGCGUUCCGCGACGUGGCAGUUGCUACGACUUCGAGUACGAGGCAAGCAUGUUCCCUCGGUUGUUGGUGACGCGGCGACGGCGCGGCUUUCAUGGCGGCAUUUUGCUCUCGGUCAGCUACUUGCACUUCCCGAAGGGGCAACUGUCAGGUCUUGAUGCCAAUGGCUACACUGUCCAGCUUCGUCCUGCCUGGUCCGAUGAGCGAGGCUGCGCGAUGCGGCUUAGCACUGUAGUGAACGGGCAUGCCGAUUUUGAGCGGUGUGACAGGUGUAUUUUCUGGUUUUCGCCCAACGCGGCCCAAUGUUUGUUGCUGCCGAACACGUGGCAGUACCGUGAGUUAGGGGCCAUUUGUGGCUCCACCCAUGUCGAAUGUCAGCUAGAUGUCCACCGGGGCCUCCCGGCAAACGCCAAUAAGGGUGGUUGCGCGAUGCGGCCAUUGCUUUGUAGAGCCUUGCUGUUCGCCGCGGAUCGGACACAGGAGGCCCGGCGUCGCCGCUUGAGGCUGGCCCGGGAGUACUAUCCAGUUCCCGCUGUUCCCCGCGUCGCCGUGCGCGUUCUCCAGCCUGCCGUCUUCACUCCAGUUCAGGCUGCACGCUGCCAAGGCUGCAUGGAGUUCGAACUUGAGCGAUAG